AUGAUCUCGGAGGCGGCGCACACAGAAUGUAUGCGGCUACUGGAGCUCCUGACGAACCCACGCGUGCAGGAAAGCUGGUCAUGGGUCUUUAUGACGCCUGUUGAUAUUCCAGGAUACGACCAGGUAAUCAAGAAGCCGAUGGACCUCACAACAAUCAAAAAGAAUCUGGGGAUCAAACCCUCGCGUUGCCGCUUUAAAUCACAUGACAAAUUUGCGCGAGAUGUGCGUCUUGUUUUUCACAAUGCGCUUACUUACAACAAAGAUGAUCAGGAUAUUAAGGGCUCCGUGUAUGCCGCGGCUCAACACUUGCUGCGAGUUUUUGAAACAGCUUAUGCGAAAUCGAUUGAUAAUGUUUUCAAGGCGGAUGAUGCGGCCAAAGCGGCGCAUCGAGAGGCCAAGAAGGAGAAACGCAGGGCCGAAAGUAUAGGCUUAUCCUCUUCAUCGGUGUCUCAGCAACACCAUAGCAGCAGUAGUCACCAAAGCAAUCAUCAUCAUCGUUCUCGAGAUGAUGGACAGGAAGUCAGAAAACAUAAACAUAAACACAGCACAAAAGACAAAAAGUCAAAAAAGUCAAAGAAAUCAAGCAAGAGUCGUGAGAAGGAACACAGACAUUCAAGCUCAAGCAGUGGUGAGAGUAAGAAAAAGCAUCAUCAGAGCGAGCAUGAAGGUGGACUUAAAUCGUCGGUAAAGGAUGAAAUUUCUUUUAUGAACAAAAGUGAUGAGUGUCCUCCAGCCAUUACUACACCAGCAUUUCGUGAGAGCACAAAAUUGGAAGUUAAGCAAGAAAUGGGAUUAAUCCAAGCUUCUCGAGCAAAAAUGACGGACUUAGAAGUUACCGCGUGUCUUGCGUUGCUUAUGAAGUUGAUCAAGUAUAGAGAGGGAAACAUUAGUCCCGCUGCGCCAUUCUUACAAGCAGUAGACUUAAAUCAUUUUCCAGACUACCGUAUCAAAGUGCCCAACCGUAUGCAUUUAUAUGGCGUCCAGAAAAAACUUCGAAGUGGAAGCUACCCCACAAUUGAUGCGUUUGCUUUUGAUUUACGCCUCAUUUUUUCGAACUGCUUAGUUUACAACAGCGAUGUGAUUCUUAGUAAGGUCAUGCGAAAUCACGCUGUUACUCUCAUGAAACUCUUUGAAAGUCUGUUCAUUAAGAUUGGAGGCUCUUGGCCUGGUGUUCCGGAGCGGUGGAAUUGUCAUCAGAUACUUCACGAUAUACUUGCGCACCGAACGGCUGGACAGGAGACAUCACAGUGGUUUAAAUAUCCAAUCGAGUCGUACUAUGAUUCGCCAGAUCAAAUUCCAUAUAACUAUUAUGAACUCGUGAAAGAGCCUAUGGAUAUUGGCACUGUGUCUUCAAAACUACACUUAGGGACAGACGUAUUGUGA